AUGAUGGUUCAAAGACAGCGAAGGACCCGUGAGGUGACGGGUCCAACGCCUCACUCAGUUGCCAUCAAAGCAAGACCACCAAAUGUCAAACCACCAGAAUAUUUAAUACUGGAGAGAAGAAAAAAGGAAGAUAUGCUUGAAAAUUACAGAAAAAACACACAAUAUAUGGAAUUUAAUGACCUGAAAAAUGAAUGGGAAAGGUCAACUGACAGAAAAAUCAAAUUAAACACAGUAAAACGGAAAGUGGAUGGUCUCUUGUUAGCUAGUCAGUUUACGAUUGAGGAUAGGAGAGAAAGGUUAAGAGCAAUGCUUAGAGCAGAAGAACAGGGUUACCUAAGGGAAAUGGAGGCUCGAGAGGAAACAGUUUUGGAACGUCAAGCCAAAAUGAGGGAACGUGCCAAAUUUUUGAAAGAUAAAAGAGAAGACGAGAGACUGCAAUUUGUUCAACAAAAAUAUGAUCAACAGUUCAGAAACCAGUGUGAAGAGUUAAGGUCAACAAUAUCAAAAAGACAACAGGAUGAAGUAUGUGUAGAUAGACUGGAACAGCUUAGAAUCAAGGAACAACUUGAGAAAGAGAGGAAAGAACAUGAGGCCUUGUAUGCCAAGCUCUGGGAGGAAGACAUGUUGAAAAAGGCUGCUCGUGAGGAGAGAGAUGCUCAGUCAGCACACGAGAGAAACCAGGAGGUGUUGUCAGUCCUCAGGAAGCAGAUGGCAGCACUGGAGGAGCAGAAGGAGGCAGCUCGACGCCUCAAAGAGGAGGAGGCACAACUUCUGAGGGAACAGAACAUUUUAAGGCAAAUGGAAGAAGCUAAAGCCAGGGAAGAAAAGCUCAGACAACAGCAGGAAACCAGAGAUGUGUUGGACCUCUCUCUGAAACUGAAGAUGAAGAAGAAAGCCAAGGCAGAACAGGAACAGUUGGCCUUUGACCUCAAGAUUCUGGAGCAACUAUUGGAGGAAUCUAGAAAUGAGGCUAUGGAACAGCUACAGAGGAAGAGAGAAUUACGUGAAGAAGACAGACGGUACAGGGAGUAUUUACACCAGCUGAUGGAGGAGGAGAAAAUCAAGGAGCGAGAACUAGAGAAACUGGUCAAUGAAGAAGUAGAGAAGAUGUGGCAGAAGCGUCUGAACCAGUGGCAGCUGGAGAGACAAGCCAGAAAGAAACUGUUACAAGACGUAAUGGCAGGCAGAGCUGUACAGAUCCAAGAGAGAUUGGCUGAAAAUGACAGGAAGCAGAGGCAAGCUGAAGCAGAAAGACAAGAAUUACUAAACACCAUUGAGGAGAAUCGUCGUCUAGAAGAACAACAGGCAGCCAAACUGUGGGAGAAGAACUACAACUACCAGAGAGACCUAGAGGGACAAAUUAUAUACAACCACAGACUCCGCGAGCAGGCACAACAGAGGGAGGCAGAGGAAUUCAUGUUGGGAAUGCAGGCAGAGAGAGAAUACCAGGUCCGUCUGAAAGACUGUCUGGAUAAUGCCGAGUAUGAUAAACUCCACCCCCUCAGGAGGGCCAUGCAAAAUAGUGCUCACUAAGAAGAAAAUCAACAAUAUUGAUUUUCUUCUUUGAUUGUUGAUAACAUUUUUUGAAAUGUGUGAAUUUGAAUUAUUAUUCAAUAAAAAUAAUUGUAUUGGUAAAUGAACAAUGCCUUUAAAUGUAUGCAGGUAUAGUGUGAGUACAAAAAUAAGAAAGCACUGUUGUAUAUGCUAGAACCUGUUUACAUAUGAAUAAAUUUGUCCUAGAAAGAAAAGAAGAGAAAUGAAAAUAUUUCUUCAAUCUUUUAAGGAUUGUUCAUCAAA